CCCCACAUGACUCUUCGCCAUUUCCAAAAACAAAACAAAAACACCGCUGACUUCUGGGUUUUGAUGGGGAUAUCAACUUUCACUUCGAAUUGAAAGAUGAUUUUAAGAGGAAAUUGAUCUGGUGGUGCAGAUAUGAUUCUGUAAAGAAUGAAAACACGACCUGACUGUAGCCCCAUGAGUUAAUGCUGAAACAUGGCAAGACUUGAUAUGGAUGAAAUAGAUAGCCUCGAGGGAUGGGUAGCUGUCAAAGACAGUCCCUUUACAGACGCAAUGAUCCCUCCCCGGAUGACUUUCCUCGUGUGCUGGAAUGAUGUAUGUAACAAAGUGGCAGUGACGUGUCGUCUACACAACAGAGUGGUCAGUGACGACAACAACCUCGAUAGCCGCACUGGCAUAUUUAGCAUGCAGGAAGUGCGGGCCAUUCAUGAACUUCUGUGUCUUAUUCAUCCGUCCCUUCGUACAUAUCUUCCUUACCUCCCAGAGGAGUCGCGCAGUGUGUGGGCGUAUCUUGGCUACCAGGAGCCGCCGAUAGACUACCAACUUGUAUGUUCACAGCUAGAAGAAUACUUCACUAUGGUCUUAGAAGUGUGUAAGGAGAAACUACUCAUGUCGACUUUGUUUGAGGAGCAUACUUCCAUUGAGUAUUUUGAAAACAUAAGUGAACUUCGUCGUCAAGGUUACCUGGAUGAAAUCGCAAGAGCCGAAGAUGAAUUGGAAACCGUGAUUUUCAUGAGAAAGAAUGCCACCAACAUGCAUGAAAUGGGGGAUGUUUAUCAACAGGAAGAUGAUGCCAUGUUCAGAUUGAAUGUAGCAUUAUCUGCAUAUUACAACUAUAUACUGCAACCUUUUCUAGACCUCCGCGAGAUCGCUUACACAAACGUGACCGAGGCUAAAAGCUACCUGCAGAAUCCCGAUGUUGGUGAUCGGAUCAAGCGAGAAUAUGGUGCCAUGUUUACAGAGUGGCAAGGACAUUAUGAAGAUGCUUUAGACAACAUACAGAAAACAUAUGUGGAAUAUUACUCAAAAACCUGUGGAUUUUAUCAAGCCAUUGUCAACAGGAUGCUACACGAUGAAAAGCAGUUUGGUAAAACAUCUUUUGAAUUGAUUGGUCGGGAGAGGUUAUUUAGGAUACAGGAAGACCUGAGUUUGGAGAGGUUACAGAUGCUGCAGAAUGAGAAAAAGAUGUUUGUACAGGAACGAGACAAGGUGAAAGAGGAGAUUGCGAGCAUUGACGAACACCCUGGUUCAGCCAGCCAGUUAAAGCGUUUAGAGGAGCAGGUGUAUUCCUGGCAGGCCUCUAUCUACACCCAGCAGCUACACAUCCUGGAUGAAGAGGAGAGGCUCGCCAAGAAUCAGUUGGCUGCCAUCACACGCCAGAUAAAAGACAAGGAGGAAGAGGUGGUGUUCUAUGAUGCUGUGGAGGAUGUGAAGGAGCUGAGUCCUGAUGAGAGUGGAAAUCAGAGGAAGCAGCUUGACCCCAGGGUCAUCACGAUCAACACAAAAAGGAUGUCCAUCCAGAAACGACGUGCAAAGAUUAGAAACAUGAAGACAAACUUAGAAUCAAAGAAGAAAGACAAAGAGCAGAAAAAGAUGGAAGAGAUAGACACCUUUCAACAACAUCAUGCUGUUCAUUUAAAAAGGGAAAAAAAGAAGGAGGAACAGAAUAUAAAACAGGAGUUCGUACAGGAGCAGAGGAGGAAAGCAAUUGACAGGAUUAAAAAUCACAAGUUUAAGUACCCCACCCCUGAGACCAUCAAGCCUCCACGUUACCAGCCUCCUAGUAAGCGUGAGCCGGCUUGUAGCCUAAAGCCAGUAGAGGACAACAACUCGCCAAAUCUCAAUGCUAAUAUAACAUUGGUCAAAGUGAAAGGGAAGCCUCUUACAAACUCACAAAAAACUAUCAAACCUCCCGCUGGUGUCCAGCCUGGGAAGAAGACCGGGGUAGAUCGCCCUAAACCAAAGCCACGUCAUUCACGAAACAGAAAUGAUACUGUGGACGGAGAAAUCCCUGUACAUAUUCACGUUUCAGGCCAGUCAGAUGAUGAGAAUUAUCCAUCUGUGAUUCCAAGCCAUCCACCACCACCGGCACCACCGAAGACCUCUGCUCCACCAGCGCCACCACCUCCUUCACGGCCAGGUGGUGCACCACCUCCUCCUCCACCGCCAAGUGGUGCACCACCUCCACCACCUCCUCCUCCUCCACCUCCGCCCCCACCCCCUCCAACAGCUUUACCUCUUUCUUUCAAAAAAACAACAUCAAAUAAACCAAAAGAACAGAAAUCUGGAGAUUCCGGAGCGCCUUUGGACUUGAAGGAUAUCAUCGGGGGACUUGGACGACUGAAACCAUCAUCUGAGAGGAAACAUACACCAAAAGUCAAGUCAGGUGAAGGGAAUAACAUGUCACAGAUCUUUGGAAUGAUCAAACUUGGCGUGAAGUUACGGCCCGUGUCGGACGACAAACGUCCACCGAAGACGGACAGAGUGGACACACCCAGUGACAGCCAUCUACGACUCUUGCAGGAAAGUCUGAGCCGCAUCAACCAUCUCACUCGCGAGCGCUCACCAGAAUCUGACUCCAGUGACGAUGAUUUUGACUAGAAAUAACCGUCUGAUUUUGCUUUUCUUUGUAUACAUGUAAUGCAUGUAACGUCAGCCUUCAUGUCUUUAGGUAAAUAGUUCUCUUGACACCCUGUAUGUCCGUGGCUUUUCUUAAAAAACCACAAAGAGGAACCAUUUCAUUGGCUGCACACUAAACAGGAAUUAUUCCACACACAAAAGAAAUAAAAUUGCACUUGUGUAUUUGUCAAUUAUUGUGACAGAUUACCGUAUAGCAGGUUGUUCAUACGGGCCUAAAUUUUUGCGAUUUUGAACCAAAAUUAGAACAUUUUCCCUGUGUUUUAGCACAGAGAUGGGACACUCGGCAUAUAACGUGUCAAAUAGUCAAAAGAAUAAGCUUGAUGACAGCAUACUGAGCAAGUGUAUUUUGUUUAAUAAAUCAGCAUCAAAACUACUAGAUGCGUUAUAUAACCUAUUUUCACACAUCAUUCCUUUUAUGUAUAUAUGAACCAUCAUAAUCACGUGCGCGCUAUUUCAUGACGACAUUACAGUUACGAAGUUUGUUAUUGCAGAUCAGGUUUACGCUUGUCUUAUUAUUCUAUGGAUCAUAUUUUCGUGAUCACGUUAUUGAUCCGCAAAAUCGCAAAAAUAUCGUCCCCUUUGAAAUAUCCUGCUAUAUAGUAUGUUUAUAACUUUGUAAUAAGAAAUUGGUUGUUCUGAUCCCUAAACUUGACAAGUCACUUACUAGUCUCCAUGACAUUUGUUAAUAUGUGUGCUCUAUCAAACCAUUCAUUUUAUAAGAACAAGCCAUUUCUCCAUCCUAAAUACAUAAGUAUAAGUCAUAUAAGAAUGUAUUGGACAUGUGGCAACUCGAGGAACUGACAAAAUUUUACAUUAUCUCUUAUACUGACCAUUAUGGAGAAUUUAAGGACUAGCAAGGUUCUACAGUAUCAAAGAUUUCUCUAAUACAGGUUACAUGGUAAUCAGGUAUAUUUAGUUAAUUAUGAUAUGAAAUUUUGUAGUACUAUUUUGUUUUAAAAUUAAGCUUAAUUUCACCUCCAACCAUUUUGUUUUGUUGUCAUAUGAUUCUUGAUUUUAUUAAGUCAUUAUAUUCUGCAGAAUUUUCAUUAUUUUCCAACAGUGUCCAGAGAAUUCUGUUUUAAUGUGUUAGGACCCUCCCUCCAUUGUAUGGCUUUCCUGUUUCUGUUAUGUAUCAUACUUCACAUACUGGUAAUUCCAAUAUGCUAGUAGGACAUUGGACAAUACUGGCCGAUAAACUAUCAUCCAAGAAAAAAUGAUUUCUGCCUUUUCUUGUUUUCCUUGCAAUACAUUUUCAUUUUCUUCCAACGUUUACUGACAUGAUCUCCCCACUUCCUAUUUCAGUCCCUCCAAUCUACUUGUCCUUCCCCUAGUCUCUGUACUUCAUGCUUUGAUUCUCCCCAUUGAAGACUUCCCCUCCCCAACAUAAAGGUUCCUGUUCAAUCUACCUAUCUGUUAUCUCCUAGUGUCUCCAAUCUCAUGAUUCUUCGACUUCAAAUUAUUCCCAUACAAUCCUCUCCCUUUCCUUCCGACAAAUACCUCACAUUUGGCCAAAGUGUUGAAGUUCGCCCAAGUGUAGAAGGUAAUGGUCUUUGCCAAAGGCCAGGACAUAUCAAAAUCCUAAAAAUUGACAGUUGUUAUUCCCUGCUAAACAUUUUGCAUUUCAUGUAACUGCAACAACUGGUUUACUCAUUGUUGGUAUAAUAUGACAAUGCAGAAACCUAAAUUGAUCUGCUGCCCCUAUUGCAACCCAUGGGACCACUGUGUGACUUUCCCAGGCCAGGACAUAUCAAAAUCCUUUAAAUUGACAGUUGUUAUUCCCUGCUAAACAUUUUGCAUUUCAGGUAACUGUAACAAAUGGUUUACUCAUUGUUGGUAUAAUAUGACAAUGCAGAAACCUAAAUUGAUCUGCUGCCCCUAUUGCAACCCAUGGGAUUACUGUGUUUUUUCCCCAGGCAAGGACAUAUCAAAAUCCUUUAAAUUGACAGUUGCUGUUCCCUGCUAAACAUUUUCCAUUUCAGGUAACUAACAACUGGUUAACCAAUUGAUCUGCUGCCCGUAUUGCAACACAUUGGACCACUGUGUUUUCUUCAAUUGGCACGGUUGUCUAAUGGUAGGACAAUGGGCUCGUGACCGAAGGGUUGUGGGUUUGAGUCACGUCAUGGCUCUUUAGUAGACUCUCCCAUGCGUUGAUCUGGAUAAGUCCAUUAUGAUGUACAGUGGUGAAAGGGCUAAUGUGACUAGACCAGUCACCUAUAGGUACUGAUGUAUGUUCAGCUGUAGUGCUGCUCAGUGAUCUAUAUAUAGCUACCUAGUAAUACUGACUAUACUGGGAAAUAUUCGCCGCAGUCUAACGUUGUCACCCUUGGUAAUGCAGGCAAGUUUACCAUGAUAGUGCAUUUUAGUACAUAACAUACCAUUUACGAUGACUACAUAUGAAGAGCCGAAUUAACCCAUUCACCCCUGAAGACACAUUUGAACUCUUCCAAUCCAAAGCUUGGAAUAGUUAAUUAUGAAAUUUCAGGGGUGAAUGAGUUAACACUAGGGUGACACAGAUUUUACGGAUGAUGGGCAAAAGUUUGACUGGGCGAACAUUUUCUGUUGUACAGUAUUAAAGAUGUAAGUGGCUAUAUUUAUGCUCGUGUCUUUCAUUAGAUAAUACAGUUUUGUCGGUGUGUUCAAAUCUUGCAAUAUUGUAGACGAUUUUUGUGUGAUAUUUACGGUUUCUGUAAAUAGAGGGUGUUAAUUAUUCUUUUGUUUGACAUGUUUGUUUUUACUGAUCAUUAAUUUUGUCUAGAUGUUUAAUUUAUUGAUAAAUAUGCCCCCAAUUGGUUACACCCAGAAUGUUAGUAGUAAAUCAUACGUAAACAAAUGUACAAUGUAUACCUAGAUCGUCAAUAAGAUAUGAACGUAUUUGGUUUACCCAGAAGUUAUAAUUUAUAUAGCCAAUGCUUGAUUUUACCCAGAAUCAUACUUUGUUUUAUUUAGAAUACAAAUCAUUCAUGGCCAUUUUUGGUUAUACUCAGAAUACAAAUCACCAUGGUUGGAUGUACUCAGAAUACAAAUCACCAUGGUUGGAUGAAUUCAGAAUACAAAUCACCAUGGUUGAAUGAAUUCAGAAUACAAAUCACCAUGGUUGGAUGAAUUCAGAAUACAAAUCGCCAUGGUUGGAUGUAUUCAGAAUACAAAUCACCAUGGUUGGAUGAAUUCAGAAUACAAAUCACCAUGGUUGGAUGAAUUCAGAAUGCAAAUCAUACAUGACCAUGGUUGGAUGUAUUCAGAUUGCAAAUCAUCCGUAGACAUUGUUUUGCUGUGCCUAUUUUCAUAAUCCAAAGUUUCCAGUCUCGAUAAACAUAUGAUCUCUGCACCAUAGAAGAUGUCACGACAUAUACGACACUCGUUGAAUGAUACAAGUAGCAUAGUGUGAUGUCUUCCAGAAAGAUCAAAGGAAUCACAGAGGGCAGCAUACACUGUAACAGUAAAAUUGACUGGCUUCGAAGUUUGUUGUAUCUCCUCUCUAAUAUUCAAUGGACCAGCAUCAGCCAAGUGAUUGGUCAGUUUAUUUUUGCCUGAAACCAAUCAAAUAGCUUACCGAGAGCUUUCAAUUUUGUCAGGACUGAUUUCAAGGGUGUAAAGAAGAUAUGUGUAUUCAAGAGCAGAACUGUUGCAUUUCAAAGAUGGUUUGUCUGUAAAAGCUUGGAUAUCCACAAUUAUAAUUUGCUAUUACAAUGAAAAUUCUCUUUUUUGUUAAAAAAUAUAACUAUUAAAUACAAAAUACUUAAAUUCAGUACAUGCAAUUUAAAAGUGUACCAAGUUUAGUAAUGUGCCACUUCGGACAUGUACAAAAACAUCACCAGAAUACAAAGACAGGAAGUGCAUAAUACAGACAGAUGUUUCCUUUCUGUGUCUAGUCUUGUUUGUACAUGCAGAAAGUCAAAGUAAACAUUUUACUGCGCUACGUAGCCAAUUUCGUCCAUUAUAUAAGGAUGAAUUAGUGAUAAUAAAGGUAAAAAAAAUAAAUUAAGACCAACUUCGAGGACUGAAUAGUCCAUCAGCAGUCAACAACCUUGUUGGGUAAAACAAUCACGACAAAUAGUAAGAAAUAGAAAUCUGAAAAUCUUGUCUGUAGAUGCAGAAAGCCAAACACAAUAAAUAUGUUACUGCACUACAAAGAAACAGUUUGUACAAACUCAUUCUAUUCUAAAUGAGAUUUCGUCUGUCCAUCGUCUUCAUAUUUACUAACAUUUCAUUCAGGCAAAAAAAUGUGUCGGGUAACCUGAUCGACCCUUAAGGUUUAUCGCUGACCCUUACAAUUGUAUCUCGCUAGAACGCAAUCCGUCUUGAUCCGAACAAAUUGACAGACAAACAAACAAGGCAUCCAUAUAUAUACAUAGCCUCUCUACUUUAUAGCCAUCAAAACCAAAUUUUAAAUUCCAUAUCAUCAUUUAAACACCAGUAGUUAUGUUUGGUGAUAUUUGUAAUUUCCGCUUUAUUAUUUAAUAUGUUUUGUGAUGUUUGUAAUUUUCUCAACCCUUCAAAAGAGAAAAAAAUAAUAAUUAAAAAAUAUCCAGACCGACUGAAACAUAACCUUUUCUGUGGCCUUAAAACAAAAGAAAAAGAUUGUUUUGACCUACUUGAAAAGAAUCAUCCUUUUCAUAAGCAUCUAUACCAAGCAUUUCAUUUGAAGACAAAGACCUAUGUUGGAACUCUUAUCUUGUAUUCAGCAAUGAAUAUAUUAGUUCAGUGAACUUACCACUGUUACAUUUGUGAGAGAUUUAUAUUAAUUUAUUUUGUAAAUAGCAAUUAUACAAAAAAUGGAUUGUGAAAUUAAAUAUAUAAAUGUU